AUGCAGUCCCUCGCGCAGUUACUCUUAGUCUUCGGACUCCUAGCGCUAGCUUCUUCGUCUCCGACGGGGAUCCAAAAACGAGGCGUGUACAAGGUUGAACGAGUAGCGAACCCGAACUUCACCGGCCGCAAUGGCCCUCGAGCUCUGCUGAAGACGCUGAAAAAGUACCGGAUGCCCAUACCGGCUUCCGUCGCAGCCGCAGCUCAGAAGGAUGAGAUGAUCACGAAGAGACAGAACAUGAAGAAGGGAAAGGGUCGCAAGGGCAAGGGUAAAGGAGCCGGCGCGGCUGGUGCUGCUGCUGGUGCCGCUGCUGGUGCCACCGCCGCCGCCGCCGCUACUGGGUCGGCUCCUAACGGCACCGGCCUCGUUACAAACACUCCUGAGGCCAACGAUGUCGAGUAUCUGUCUCCCGUUAACAUUGGUGGACAGACCUUGAACCUCGACUUCGAUUCUGGCUCGUCUGAUCUAUGGGUUUUCAACACGCAGCUUAGCGCCGCCGCCACGCAGGGUCACACAGUCUUCGACCCAACUAAGUCCAAUACGUUUGCUCUCAUGCAAGGUGCUUCUUUUGAAAUCUCUUACGGUGAUGGCUCGGGAGCUGCGGGCAACGUCGGUACCGACACCGUCAACAUUGGCGGUGCUACCGUUACCAACCAAGCUGUCGAGUUGGCAACUGCUGUCUCUUCAUCCUUCGUCCAAGACACCUCGAACAAUGGUCUGCUCGGUCUUGCUUUUAGCCAGCUUAACACGGUGCAGCCAGCUCCGCAGAAGACAUUCUUCGACAACGUCAAGUCAUCCCUCGCCGAACCCCUAUUUACUGCCGAUCUCCGCGCACAGGCAAACGGUGCUUAUGAGUUUGGUCGUGUGGAUCCGACCAAAUUCACUGGUGCGAUGACCUGGGUUCCCGUUAACACGACGGCUGGCUUCUGGCAGUUUACUAGCCAAACCUUUGCCAUCAACAAUGGCACUCCCCAGACCUCCACCGCCGGAAAUCAAGCUAUUGCUGACACCGGCACUACCCUCCUUUUGGCCGAUGCUGCCGUAGCAAAGGCUUACUAUGCACAAGUUCAGGGUGCCGUCGAUGACCAACAGCAAGGUGGAUUCACAUUCCCUUGCAACGCGAACUUACCCGACCUUCAGCUGGAUGUUGGUGGUAGCAUGGCUACCGUUAAGGGCGCCGAUAUCAACUUUACCCAAGUCGAUGAUCAGACUUGCUUCGGCGGUCUACAGGCUACAACGGCCGGCUUGCAGGUUUAUGGCGACAUCUUCUUCAAGAGCAACUUCAUCGCCUUCAACGGUGGCAACAACACUCUGGGUUUCGCGGCGCACGCCUAA